AGUGCGCGCUGUGCUUUUUUAGUAUGGACGCGUUCUCUUGAUGGUCACGAGCUGUAGAAUUGUCGUACACGCGAGCGUCAUUUCCAAAGAAAAUGAAUGCGGAUUGAAGUGGCACGCGGGGGGAGAGCGUUUGUUUUGCGCUGCAAACGCGAGACGAAUAUGGACAUUUGCAUUUGAAACCUCGGGAACGAGUGGAAACCAAAGGUUGAUUCCCCUCGCCAAACUGUUACUGUUAGCGGACUCGGAGAAGUUCAAGGGGCUUUUUCACCUUCAGCCUCAUCACAGUAACAGGAUUUUGAGGGGCGCUCCUUGCGAACGAGCUACAUGGGACAUACUUUGAAUUAUUUAAUUGCGGCUCGCGCAAGCGCGAAUCGAGAAUAAUGACGCGCAGAUGGUAGACUAAAAGCGCGUUCAUGGAAAACGGACAUAUUUGCGUUUGCAAAGAGGAAAACUGACAGUGUAUCGAGCGCGUUUGGCCCCUCGUCAUGCGGCGGUGGGGGAGGAUCGGAGCAGGGACCUCGCAGCGGAUUUCAUGUUUCGCAACUAUGUUAAUGCCCCACAACGAGGGAUUAUAAGGCCUCGGAAUGACACUUGCUUUCCAAAUGGUUAAAGUGCACUCGAGAAGUUGCGUAUAGAGUUUGUUCUGCGAGCGGCAGCAAAACCAGUGCGCCCAAUUCUAUCUAGAUGUAUCAAACGGGAAUGCAUAGGUAUAUCAAGUGUCGGUGAAUGUAGCUCACGGUGGAGCAUGGACGCUAUGACUCUAUGACUUCAUUACUUGCUUUGAAUUCGAUCAGGGAACCAUUUCGGCAGACUUCGUGUGUCUUAACGCGUCUUUAUGUGUGAAGUUAUUCUGUGGUCCUCUGCACAAAUGGCGUCUUUCCCAGACUCCGACCUGCAAACAUGUCCGCUGUGCAAGGAGCUGUGCGGCUGCUCUGCUCCGAUCUCCUCCAAUUCAUCUACCUCCUCCUCUUCCUCACAGACCUCCAACUCAUCUACCUCAUCCACCAGGAGACUGCACGUCCUGCCCUGUCUGCACGCCUUCUGCAGGCAAUGCCUGGAGGGCCACCGGAGCCCCGGUGACCCCCUGAAGCUAAGAUGCCCCACAUGCGACCAAAAAGUGUCUUUGUCGGAAUCAGGCGUGGACUCGCUGCCCUCCUCCACCUUUCUGUUCAGCAACCUUCUGGAUGUGGUGGUCUCUGCUGAGGAACAGGGCAAGAACGGGCGGUCUUCAUCGGUGGUCCAUCACGGUGGUCUUCUGAGACCCCAGCACCUCUCGGACCCUCAGUGCAGCUCUUGUGAUGAGGGGAACCCCGCUACCUCUCACUGCCUGGAUUGCCAGGAGUACCUGUGCGAUAACUGCGUGCGGGCCCACCAGAGGGUCCGACUCACCAAAGACCACUUCAUCGAGGGGCUGAUGGAGAGCUUACACCUGGUCAACCGCACCAUCAACUCCAACACCCCCGUGAACAUCUCCCAGUCCUUCCAUAACAGCUUCUCCAUGCUGAAUGUGUUCCAGGAGAGGGUGGAGUUCUGCCAGCAACAUGAGAACGCGGUGCUGCGCUUUUUCUGCGACAGCUGCUCCAUGCCGAUCUGCAGGGAGUGCAGCUUGGGCCGACACGCAGGUCACAGUUUCACCUACCUUCAGGAAGCACUGCAGGACUCCAGAGCGCUGACAAUCCAGCUUCUCGCAGACGCACAACAGGGUAGACAGGCCAUACAGCUGAGCAUCGAGAAAGCCCAAGCCAUUGCUGAACAGGUGGAGCUGAAGGCUAAGGUUGUGCAGUCAGAAGUGAAAACCAUAACUCUACGUCAUAAGAAAGCUCUGGAGGAACGCGAGUGUGAGCUGCUGUGGAAGGUGGAGAAGAUCCGCCAGGUGAAGGCAAAAUCACUUUACCUGCAGGUUGAGAAACUACACCAGAAUCUCACCAAGCUGGAUAGUACUAUCGCCACAGUGACGCAGGUUUUAGAAGAAGGCCGUAGCAUAGAUGUCCUGCUAGCACGUGAGCACAUGUUAAAUCAGCUACAGGAGCUUAAAUCUCUCCGCUGCUUCCUGCAGCCCCAAGAAGACGAUCGCAUCAUGUUCACCCCUCCGGACCAGGCUCUUCUGAUUGCCAUCAAGUCCAUGGGCCUCAUCAGCAGUGGAGCCUUUGCCACAGCAUCCAAAGCUCAUGGUGAAGGCCUCAAGAGAGCACUGCAAGGAAAGCUAGCUUCCUUUACUGUCGUAGGGUAUGAUCAUGAUGGUGAACCUCGGUUGUCCGGUGGUGACAGCGUCUCGGUUGUGCUUAUGAAUCCGGAUGGUAAUCUGUCCAGCGCAGAUGUUUCUGAUCACCAAGAUGGAACGUACACAGUCAGCUAUCUGCCCAAGAGCGAGGGUGAGCAUUUGCUCUCGGUGCUUGUAUGCAAUCAGCACAUUGAGGGAAGUCCAUUCAAAGUGAUGGUCAAGUCCGGCCGCAGUUACGGCGGCGUUGGCUUGCCCAUUGCAACCUUUGGAGGAGAGGGCGAUGGGGACGGGCAACUGUGUCGGCCUUGGGGCAUCUGCGUGGAUAAGGAGGGCUACGUGGUGGUUGCCGACCGAAGCAACAACCGCGUGCAGAUCUUCAAGCCUUGUGGCACGUUCCACCACAGGUUUGGCACUUUGGGCUCACGACCGGGCCAGUUUGACCGCCCAGCUGGGGUCGCCUGUGACAGCCAGAGGAGAAUCAUUGUAGCAGAUAAGGACAAUCACCGCAUCCAGAUUUUCUCAUUCGAUGGCCAGUUUCUUGUCAAGUUUGGCGAGAAGGGAACCAAAAAUGGGCAAUUCAACUACCCGUGGGAUGUUGCCGUCAACUCCGAGGGAAAGAUCCUGGUUUCGGAUACACGCAACCACCGCGUGCAACUCUUUGGGCCUGACGGGACUUUCCUUAACAAAUACGGAUUCGAAGGUGCCCUCUGGAAACAUUUUGACUCGCCUCGCGGUGUAGCUUUUAAUCAGGAAGGCCACCUCGUCGUGACCGACUUCAACAAUCAUCGACUGCUUGUCAUCAGGCCCGAUUGCCAGUCAGCACGCUUCCUUGGGUCCGAGGGAACCGGAAAUGGACAGUUCUUGCGCCCGCAAGGCGUAGCCGUGGACCAGGAGGAUCGUAUUAUCGUGGCUGACUCCCGCAACCAUCGCAUUCAGGUGUUCGAACCCAAUGGCAACUUUUUAUGCAAGUUUGGGACUCAAGGGAGCGGCUUCGGCCAAAUGGAUCGCCCCUCUGGUAUAGCGGUUACUCCUGAUGGGAUGAUUGUGGCUGUGGACUUUGGAAACAACCGAAUCCUCGUGUUCUGACCUUUUAUUGGUUGAAUUACAAAACUAUAGCUGUGGACAAAUGGAUUUUGAAAGAUUUUGCACAUCUAUCAUGAGCAAAUGCAGUUUGAUCUUUGCAAGAUGACGACAGUUGUGGAUAGUUUUGUACGAUUCUCAGUGAUAGUGUAACACCAAAUGCUUGCCGUUACAGCACACCGUUUUGAUUGCUGCAAGCUGAGAGUGUUUUGCUCUUGGUAUGUGUCUUCAAAUCCUGUUUCUUUUUUUUUUCUCAGGGAAUUUCUUGCAUUCUUGAAAUAUUUUCUCUCUGCAUCCCACCUACCUCAUCUAGCUUAUGUAUGAAUGUACUCGCGUUUGUGCAGAGACCUAGUCCGUGAAGUUUUAUAAAGAAACGUCUACCUCAGUGUUUUUUUUUUGUUUGUAAAAUGUGAGGAAAAACAAAACAAAAGAAAACAAAAUGAAGCAAUGUUUGGAUAUUUGCACAGUUCGCACAAUUUUUUUCCUGAUUGUUACUGUGCAAAGAACGCAAGUUAUGUCCCUGAAUGUUUCUCAUAGCGAUGGACAAAAACAGAGCUGCAUGUUUUGGCAGAAACAUAAGGAUGACUUUUUGAUACAUCUACUACUAUGUGUUCUUUUUUUGAAUUUUCGUGUACAUUUUAAAUCAGACUUCAUCUUUAUCUCGUACCUCAUUUAAACCUCUUACCUCAUUUACCGUAUUAUACCUCUGGGUCCAUGAGCCUCAUUACACAUUUACCUCACUUUAUGGUCUUUUCCAUUUGAAAAUUAUGCAAGCAGUUACCAAAAAUUAAUUUUGUAUAACUAAUGAAAGGGACUGCUAAACUAGGCAAAUUAUCAGAAUUUAGUAAUUUAAUAGGACCCUCAUGAUGUAAUCAAGAGUUUGCAAUGAGAAAUGCAACUUUAGAAGAACAGAUAACCAUGAUUAUUUUAAAUAUGAUAUGAUAAAAAAGAAUGAAAUGGAGAAUGUUCUUUAAAUAAUAUCUUUAGAUCAUUGAAAGAAUGUAGACACUAAAUGGAAUAUCUAAUGGCCUAGCCCUUACCUUUGUGUUUCUAUUAUUAAUAUUAUGCUUUUGUCUCUUCAUAUGAACAAUUUAGGCAAGGUAAAAUUUGUUCAAAUAGAGGCACCUGAUUGACGAACUGGAUUAUAUCCUUGUUUGCCAGUUAUCUCUCAUACUUGGGAAACUUUAUUAUUUUAUUUUUUUUCAAUAUUGGAUGUAUUUUGAGGCCCAGUUCUUAGGUCUCGUUACAAACCGCUUCAUUAGAUCAUAAGUUGUUUUUUGUUGUUCUAUUGAUUACAGCAUGGCCUACAGUGCUUCCUGUGCCACUUUAAAGAAAGACCUCCAGGGAGACCAUUCACUCAGUCAGUGUAACAUCAUUUGAAAACACUUAGAAUCAAUUAAACCCAGUUUGAAAUCGGAUAGUUUGUGCCUGACUUGUGGGUAACCACUUUAAAGUGUUUUCUUCAGUCUUCAAUUGAUUAAAAGGAAAAAAAAAAGAUUAAGCAAAUCAUUAGGAGGAAAGAAAAAUAAUAUAUAAAUGUAUAGCACUGGUAUACAGCAGAACAAAAGCACACGACUCUCCCAUUAUAGUCUGCCUGAACUUCUUAUGAAAGUUUAUGACAAAAGGAAAGUAUCUCUCACCAAUGUUGUCAUACCUCAGUUAUUGCAAGUUAUAUGAAGUCACGCAAAGAGGCAAUGAGAAUCAUUAACCACUAAAUGCAGAGUGUUUCCUUGUUAAUCUGGGCAUGUGUUGUGUGUUGGAUAUUUUGAAGUGAGUGAACUGUAAGAGUGUGUGUGGUACCGACUUGUUGGCUGGCCCACUUACAGAAUCAACCCUUUUGAACCUUUGGGAUUAGUUUGCAUGUUGCUUUCCGCUUUACACUUGAGGUAACAUUUAAAAUCAGAAAUUGUGGGAGAGCUGGAUGACCUAUUGGAAAGAUUUUCCUGUAGGCUGCAGUUAUCUUGUGUCCUGUCGUAAGUAUUAACGUGCUUGCAUGUACUAGUUGCCUGUGCCUUUCGGGAUGCUAGAUAAAUCGAAAUCGAAUGUCUUUGCCAAAGGGUGGCUAUAGGAAAUAGGCAAGUGCCAAAAAUGAUUCUGCAUUGACCGCAUUGAGCGUUUGCUUUUCAUUUAUAAAGUGGAACUUUCUUUACAGUUCUUUUCUUUACGUAUAUUACCUCAUAAUUGUGGAUCAUCAGGCAUAUUUAUGUUGCAGCUUAAACGAGAGAUGUGAAUUUUAUGGUAAUGUUGCUUUUUACACAUAGUUAGAGUGGAAAGCAGUGACAUCUGCACAUUAGACCACAAUAGAGGAAUAAAAGGACCAGCAUGGGUAACGGAAACCCAUUUGAUGGACGUAAGAAGCUUAUGCAAUAAAGAAUGAAAGAUUUGCUAAUCUUCCCUGUCUUACAGUAUUAAUAUCACAUUCGAUCUGAUUAGUAUUUAGCUGCAAAGUUUUCUCCCUGAAUCCCUGCUCUCUUUAAGAGGGAACUUUAUUUUUUGCAUGCUGUAAAGGUCCGUGAAGACAGGUGGAUGUUGGAAAACAAGGGGAGGGAGGAAGAAAACAUGGACACUUUUCUAAUGUACCAAAAAAUCAAUUUACGUGAAUAUCAUUUGUUUGGUCAUGGUGAAUGAUUGACUAUAUGAUUGUACUGUUUCUAGAUAGCUUUACAGAGUAAGGUACCUCAUUGAGCUCCAUUCAGAUGCCUUACCACAGCUUCUUAGCUUUAGCAUCAGAACUGGAAAACUGCCAAAGACCUCGUUCAAACGAAACCGGAUGUAUUUAUAAGUCGAUUUUUCGCCCAAAGAUUAAUAUGUUUGGCAUCGGUCGUUCUUGUAUUUCAACAUACUGUGUCGAUAUCUCAACAUAGUGGCGAAACGCUCGCAGAACACGUCCCUAGAUGUUGGCUUUUGUGUGUAACACGAGUUUUUGAGCAGGUGCCCUACAGGACCAAAGAUGGGUAAAUGUUUGAUUCCAGCUCACAACAGUUACCGCUAAAAAAAACUGAUCUCCAUCUGUGUGGUGGUAGCGUUAUAUUAGGUGAAGGAAUCAGCCAGCCGUUUUGAUGGAAGCGAGAUCAGUAAGCCACUAUUUAAAACCCCUUUAGCAGUGAUUAGGAUACUAUUAAAAGUGUACGUUCUACUUGGAGAUACAAUUCACUUUUGUAGGACUGAUACCGUAUGUCAUCUACGUACUUUCUGCCUCAGUGGACAUGAAAGUCGGCUGUUAUUAAACACAGUCGGUGUCUUUGAAUUCCAGAUCAUUGCAGGUUCUUUUUUUUUCUUUUUCUUUUUUUUUUCUUUUUUGGACCUCUGGUCUCUAAUUGUACGGGUUUUGUCACCAUUUCUGGUGUAUUCCAGCUUAUGACUUCUUCCUUACUGGGGAAAAACAGAAAAUGUAAGUUCAGAAUUGUGUGGUCAUAGACCCUUUUAUGAUUGUAUUAUCUUAUGGAAAAAGAGAUGUGUAUACACAUUAAAACAACUCAGGUAGCUUUGUAGAGAUUUGAGAUUUGAUUAAAAAUUCAAUAUUUGUUUCUUACAGUUUGAUAGUGAAUCCUUUGUUAGUACUUCAUGAGCUUUUUGUGUGUUUUGAUGGUAAAAAUGCUGUUAUUAAAUUCCAUGGGAUCCUUUUCAACCACGUCACAGUUAACAGUCAAUGAGGGGGUGAACGAUUCAUAACCUUAAUACCAGCAUGUCUUUAUUUUGUGUUCUUUACACAAUCCUAUCUUGAUUUUAUAACUAUAUAACCCCAUGAUGGAUGGAUGGAUAUGCUAUGAUCAAAUGUGUAUUCAAGGGCUGCUAAAAAAACCAUUGCCUUGAGAUGAUCAGAAAUGCCUUAAGGCUUGGAAAUCCUUUUUUUCUUCUUCUUUUUUUCAAGAACGUUGAGGGCAACAGUCUGUCUCAGAAAGACAUUUAGACCUGAAAUUUGACAUGUACAUCAAUACUUUCUCAGUGCUUUUAAGAGGCUUGGCUGUGAGACGGGCUAAGCAAAAGAGGUGUGGCGAGAUUCUGCCCCAAAGCUCUCACCUGGAAUCAGUUUUGCCUUUUAAAAUACAACGAUUAGGGUAGAAUCAAAGUAGCAAAUGCUGAUUCCAGGUCAGUUGUCCUGGAUGAUAUUGGCUUAGGAGCCCUCUAAGAGGCCCACCACUCUCUCCAUCUCUUUCUCUUUGUGUUUCACAACUCACCAUCCUACCAUCGGUCACCCUCUCAACCAAAGUCAUUUAUUACUCUGAAUAAGGCUGAUAUGAAAAGGCUAUAUGAGAUAGUUAGUGGUCUGCAGUCUUGUUCUUUCGUCUUUGUGGACUUUAAACAUUUCCUAUGCAGUUUUUUUUUUUUUUAAUUAUUAUUAUAAAUGUUUGGUUGUUUACAAAUAAAGUUGUACCUCUUUGGAUCCUG